GGAAGUCCCGGCUUGGUUGCAUCCUUACCACAAGAAAAGAGGACGGGACUGCUUUCAAACUGUGCAAGUGAGGAACUGGAAGUGUUUUUAGUGGAGCUGGUGGCUGGCGCUGAUGUUUUUACAGGCUCGGCUUCCAACGAAAGAAGAAGAAAGAGCUCCGUUUGCAGUGGGAAGUGGAAGUAGCUGCUUUGCUGCUGACGCUUUGCCAACUGAUUGUAGCUUUUCCAGGCCUGUUUGUGGUGUGUAAGGGGGGGCUGCUGAUUAAAGUCAGCAUCAGCCCCAGAGACUGAUGGCUGGAUUUAGCUUUAGCUUUAGCUUGGUGUGCGCUGUGCUCCUGGGCGCCUUCCUAGUGAGCGCGAAGCCCAUGCUGAGGAAAGAGAGGGUUCUCCGUGACCCAGAGCUCAGCAGACAAGCCCACGAAGACAAUAAGAGCUAUCAGUACGACCAUGAGGCCUUUCUGGGCAAGGACGAGGCCAAGACGUUUGACCAGCUCACCCCCGAGGAGAGUAGAGACAGACUGAGCAAAAUCGUGGACCGUAUAGAUGGGGACGCAGAUGGGUACAUCACGACAGACGAGCUGAACGCCUGGAUAAAGCGUGUCCAAAAGCGCUACGUGUACGAGAACGUAGCAAAGGUGUGGACGGAUUAUGAUCUGAACAAAGACAACAAGAUCUCAUGGGAUGAGUACAAGCAGGCCACUUACGGAUACUAUCUCGCUAACCCUGAGGAAUUUGAGGAUGCCACAGACAAGUUCAGCUUUAAGAAGAUGCUCCCUCGAGAUGAGAGGAGAUUUAAAGCAGCAGAUCUGAACGGCGACCUGGCAGCAGACCGGGAAGAGUUCACAUCUUUCCUCCAUCCUGAGGAGUUUGAGCACAUGAAGAAUAUUGUGGUUCUGGAAACGCUGGAGGACAUCGACAACAACGGCGAUGGACAUGUGGAUGAAGACGAGUACAUUGCCGACAUGUUUGCUCACGAGGACGGGGGUCCUGAACCUGACUGGGUCAGGACUGAGCGAGAGCAGUUCUCCGACUUCCGAGACCUGAACAAAGACGGAAAGAUGGAUCUGGAUGAAAUCCGGCAAUGGAUCAUGCCACAGGACUAUGACCAUGCCCAGGCCGAGGCCAGACAUCUUGUGUACGAGUCCGACCAGGACAAGGAUCAGAAACUGACCAAACAGGAAAUUCUUGACAACUGGAACAUGUUUGUUGGAAGUCAGGCCACGAAUUAUGGUGAAGACCUCACCAGGAACCACGAUGAGCUCUGAUGUCUGAUUAUAUGUGUCCUAAAAAAACAGAAAUCAGGAUGGGCCUUACAGUAAUGCCUCUCACAUAGGAGAUGGAUAGAAGAUGGACCUACCAAGAUUUUGUGAUCGGUGUUUUAGUCCUCCUGCAGAUAGUUUUGUUCCUGACAUUCAGGAACGAAACCAGAGGGGUCUUGCUCUUUGUUUUGAUCAGUGCCUUCCAGCCAGGCAGCAUCAGGCUGUGCUGCCUCUGAGAUUUCUAAAAGUGUUUGUAGACAUCAGUUGUAUGAACAGUUUGUGAUAGAAAUGAUAAUGUGAAACCUCAACUUAGAGCAUUUACUAUGUUUUUUUUUUAGAUAUUUAUCAGAUGACUUCGAUAAUGAAAGUUGGGGAGGAAUAGGAUUUUUUACUGAAAAUGUUUGUUUGCAGUCUAAUUACACUUGUAUUAAUUAGUAACGGGUUUUUGUUUAGCUAAAGUGCUUUGAUGAUUUUCUUUUUAUAUUGAUGAAACAUGGCAUGAAUUUUGCACGCAUUUGAUUUUAAUGUAGCCUGUGAACAUCUUUUUUUCUUCCUCCAUAUUUAGUUUUUACUGUAUUUAUUAGUGUAUGCAAAAAUGUUAGUUUUUACUUUUAUAUUGUUUUAGAUUUAAGUUUACACUUUACUUUUCCGCAAUUAAAUAUUACAACCUUUUUUUUCAACAAGUUGUAAAUAAAAUUGGGGAAAAAGUUUUCAGCAUAAUCAUCCGGAUGGUUUGAUUUUCCUAAAAUUCCUUUUGUUUUCAGGGAGUUUAUGAAGCUUAAUGUAAAAAAAAACUAUUUGUAAGAACAGAGCCUAACAGUGGUGUUUAUUCUGAUCAAAACAUUGCUAAAAAUUACAUUUUAUGAGAACACUGAGGUAUAUAAAAAAAAUGGCACAAGUUUUCAAAUCUUGUCCAGAUGCAUAAAAAAGUAAUAAAUAUGUUUUUCCAUUUUAA